AUGGAUGUGUGGAGCAGGCUGUUUAUCCACAACUUCAAUGGGACAGAUAGCUGGAAGCAGACCUGCGUCUCGGAGCUCGACAAUGCGGUCAACAACGGCCAUGCUGACAACAUAUUUGCUGGACUGGUCAACCGGGCAGGGAACUACGUCGAUAUUCGUGACAACAACACUGAGGUUUUUAGCUUCAAGAUCUUCUCGGCGGGUGCGACAAACUAUCUCCUCCCGUGGCUCGCCUUGACUGCACAGCUACCGUUCGAGACGGGAGAACACAACGUGAUUGCCAACUUCAUGAGCUUCUGCAUGGCCCUGGGGAGUCCGAUGUUCAUCACCUACUCCCUGAUGGUGACGAUCCUGAAUCAACACUGGCUCCGGGGGCAUUUCAGGGACCUGGAGACCCAGGGCCACAUGCGUGAGACGGUCAAGAAUGCUCGGAUAUUCCUCCAGGAGAGCCAGCAAGUGCCGCUUCGACUGUCGCAGGAAGACGGAAGUCUCGGGAGUCUGAUAGUGCUCGCUGAAAACAAGGCCUGGUGGCAGAGACUCUCAGACAGCGUGCUCAGAACUCGACGCAGCGUCACCUUAUCCUUGGUCGCUCAGAUGUUGGUUGCUAUUCUCUCCUGGGUGCUCACGGUGGCUGCGGCGUUUCUGUCAUCACUUGGCAACCCUACGGAAGCACUCGUCUUGUCUUCAGGAUCACUUUGGGUUUGGCUCAUUCCAGUCAUCGCUGGCUGGAUUUCAGUUGGCACGCAGAACGACCACAGCACCAUCGGCCUCGCCCUCUACAGAGACGAAGCAUGCAUUGCCCGCCCUGCGAGCUCAUCAGGGCUUACUGGGCGAAGGGCACGGAAUUCCUCAGCCGGAGCCUCGGUACAGACAGUCAGAGUUGAUCCACAGGACCCAUACGCCAUGGGUGUCGGCUCACCCCUGAGUGAAAAGGGCGUGGUCGAGGAGAUCGAAACCCGUGCAAUAAGCGUGGCUUCGGUGAAAAAGGAUGAGCAGAAGGGCUUCCGUAUAGCCAAUCAUCGAACGUCAAUGCGGCCGUUGUUAAGGACGACAGUCUCUGAUGGGAGAGUGCGUCUAGAAGACAAAGAGCCACCAGUACCUCGGUGCUUCGGUUUUAGUGUUGCGGGUGAUGAGAAGCAAGAAGGACCAGCGUUCAACUACGCUAGGAUUUUCACCUGGUGGCAUGUUGCCAAUCAAGUGCACGGCAUGUUUCAGAGAACCAAGUAUAACCUCAGCCAGCGAAGAGACCUUUCCGGCAUGGAGAGACCUGUCGGGGAGGAUGGGAAGUUCAAGCAGAAAGACCUACAAGGUGACAGUCUCAGCGUGCUACAGUACUGCGGGCUUGCGACGAGGAGAGGCUCCAGUAUCGAACUCAAGGACCUGACCGAGUAUCCUCGCUGGGCUGAACUCGACUCCGCUUUCUGGCAAAGGAUCCUGAUUGCCGUGCUGAUGGCUGUGUUCGUCCAGUGGGGAACCGUUGGCGCCGCUCUUACGAUCAGCUAUCUGACUGAAGUGAAGGGUUUAGGCUGUCGCUCGGGGAGCUAUGUCGUCUAUGGUGCCAUGGGGACGGUGUCUUUCAUGCUCAUGUUCGCGUCCUCGUUCUUUUCGCAUGCCGCCAUGAUUCAGCACCAAGCUCUGCAUGUGGCGAGCAGAGACGUCGCGAUCGAAGAGGAAACACCAGCGUCAUUUCCCUUGAGCUUGACGCUCUAUCGCAUGUGUGCGGUGUUGACGCGCAUCUCUGGGCGUAUCCUGGUGGUCUGCAACACCAUCUGGAUCAUACUGACCUCGUUCUGGGAGCUCAUAGGAUUCUUCAACAAUUGCUGGUGCGACGGCGUGUCGCUGAGCAGAGGAGCCAAAGGCUAUAUCAUCCUGUUUAAGACUGCAGCCGAGAUGGCACCAGCGGCCGUCCCGGCUUGGGCUGGCGGUGUGUUUCUCAGCAUCUUUGUCGUGGCGUCAUCGUCGGCCGUCUUCUGGCUCUUCUGUCGAGGGAACCGCAAGUAA